AUGUCCAAUCAAGACAUUCGUCCCGACAAAUACAAUGAGCUGAGAAGUGUCAACAAAAAUUACAUUGAUUCAUAUGCUGCAUUGUAUCAGUUAAAAACGGAAAAUGAAGAAGAUUUAAGCUCAAUUUACAAAAUGAUCAAAACAGAACUGAUUGAUUCAAAGAAAUGUCGCCCAGCAUAUCUUGUAAAAGAUAUUUUAGACAUCAUUCCUUAUAAUAACCGCUACACAAAGUCAUACUUGAAACUUGCAAAAUUCAUUAUUGAUGAUUUUCAUGUAACGACGGUACUUGAUAUUCCGACGCUUUCUGUGUACCUAUUUGAUGAAGAGUACGGAAUUAAAUUGGGCAAAACAGAAGAAACAAAACAAUUACUCAAACCCUUUUUAGAAAAUCCAAUCUUCAGAGCAAUUAUGAAUAACAACAUAGAAGCAUUCAUUGCAAUCACUGAAAGAGAAGGAUUUGAUAAAGAUCAAGAACUUCAUAGCUACUUAUAUCCACCUAAUACCAGAGGAUAUUCAUUACUUGAAUUAUGUUGUUACCACGGAGCAGUUGAUUGUUUCAAGUUUUUAAGAACAAAAUUUAACUCAAGGGUAACUGAUACAUGUCUGGAAUUAUCAUUUUUAGGUGGAAAUCCAGAGAUCAUGAGUGAAUGUUUGAAGCAUACGGAACCAUAUUUUAAUUGCAUGAAAUAUGCAAUUAUUUCACACAACAUUGAUUUUGUUACAUUUUUGGUGAAUGAAUACAAUAUAGAGAUCGAUUUAUAUGAUUGCAUAAAUCAUAAAAAUCUUGAAUCCUUUUUA